UACGCUAGCUUCCCCAAUCUGCUUAGGAGGAGGAGAGCAUGGCCGCAAGCGCGAUGGAGGGGGUCGACGGCGGCCCGGGAAUGGCGGCGGCGAACGGGCAGACGAGGCCGCGGUGCAUGAGCAGCUACGUGGACGAGGGCAGCACCGAGAGCCACCGCUACUACCUGGCCCGGCGGACCCUCCUGGAGAUGCUCCGGGACAGGGGCUACGCCAUCGCCUCCUCCGAGAUCGACCUCUCCCUCGCCGAGUUCCGGGCCGCCCACGGCCAGAGCCCCGACAUCGACCGCCUCCGCAUCUCCAACUCCCUCCGCUCCGACCCUUCCAAGCGAGUGUUGGCGUACUUUUGCAAUCCUGGUCCUGUAAAAGUCAAUAGUAUCCGUUAUAUUAGUGGGCAAAUUGCUAAUAAAGAUGGUUUGAGUGGGUUGAUAUUGGUCUUGCAAGGUGAUAUGACCAAUCAAGCUCUUAAAGCACUGGAUCUUUUCUCGUUUAAAGUUGAAGUAUUCCAGAUAACCGAUUUGCUUGUCAAUAUAACUAAGCAUGUCCUCAAGCCUAAACAUCGUGUUCUGACUGACCAAGAAAAGCAAAGGCUUCUAAAGAAGUACAGUAUACAGGAGAAGCAGCUUCCGAGGAUGCUGAAGAAUGAUGCAAUCGCAAGAUAUUAUGGACUCGAGAAGGGUCAGGUAGUAAAAGUUACGUACAGUGGUGACAUAACUGGCACGCAUGUUACGUACCGCUGUGUCUGGUGAUUCUAUGUUCUCCUGAGAUUGGGUUUUUUUGGUAUCAAUAUGUAAUAGGAGUUUCCUAGCAUAAUUACUGGUGGGCAGAACGAGUCACCUUGUUGACUGUUCCGUAAUCAUGGUCCCGUCCAGUUUUGAACGGUGGUUCGCUCAUGGUACCAUCCAGUUGUUGAUAGUUUUGGAUGGUCAAGCUGGUUCACUCGGUCUCUGGCUAGGAGUUGAAUUUCAUUUUUAUGUAGUAGGUUUCACUAUAAGUAGUGGCAGCAAUUUAAGAAUCGCCGAUUUGAUCCUGUUUUAUUGUUCUGUAGUUUUGUCGCGAAUUGAUGGAAAGCAUGUCCAAGGAAGUUUUACCGA